AGCCCGGACCGCCUCGGGGUGCGCAGCCGGCUCGCGGGGGGACCUCCUGGGGCCGGGCGCGGGGCGCGGCCCGGGGGUGUCCCCUGAGCAGGUGAGCCCCGUUCCUCAAGCCCGGCCACGUCUGAGCCAGGAUGCCCACGCGGCGCUGGGCGCCCGGCACCCAGUGCAUCACCAGGUGCGAGCACUCGCGGCCCAAGCCGGGGGAGCUGGCCUUCCGCAAGGGCGACGUGGUCACCAUCCUGGAGCCUUGCGAGAACAAGAGCUGGUACCGCGCCAAGCACCACGCCAGCGGCCAGGAGGGGCUGCUCGCGGCCGGCGCGCUGCGGGAGCGGGAGGCGCUGUCGGCGGACCCGAGGCUCAGCCUGAUGCCCUGGUUCCACGGGAAGAUCUCCGGCCAGGAGGCCGUGCAGCAGCUGCAGCCGCCCGAGGACGGGCUGUUCCUGGUGCGCGAGUCGGCGCGGCACCCCGGAGACUACGUGCUGUGCGUGAGCUUCGGCCGCGACGUCAUCCACUACCGCGUGCUGCACCGCGACGGCCGCCUGACCAUCGACGAGGCCGCGAGCUUCAGCAACCUCAUGGACAUGGUGGAGCACUACAGCCGGAACAAGGGCGCCAUCUGUACCAAGCUUGUGAAACCCCGGAGGAAACAGGGCACCAAGUCGGCAGAAGAGGAGCUGGCCAAGGCCGGCUGGUUGCUGAACUUGGAGCAUCUGACCCUGGGCGCACAGAUCGGGGAGGGCGAGUUUGGAGCCGUCCUGCAGGGUGAGUACCUGGGGCAGAAAGUGGCCGUGAAGAACAUCAAGUGUGAUGUCACAGCCCAGGCCUUCCUGGAUGAGACGGCGGUCAUGACGAAGAUGAAACACCGUAACUUGGUGCGCCUCCUGGGCGUGAUCCUGCACCAGGGGCUAUACAUCGUCAUGGAGCACCUGAGCAAGGGCAACCUGGUGAACUUCCUGCGCACCCGCGGCCGGGCCCUGGUGAGCACGGCCCAGCUGCUACAGUUCUCUCUACACGUGGCCGAGGGCAUGGAGUACCUGGAGAACAAGCGGCUGGUGCACCGUGACCUGGCCGCCCGCAACAUCCUGGUGUCUGAGGACCUGGUGGCCAAGGUCAGCGAUUUCGGCCUGGCCAAGGCUGAGCGCAAGGGGCUGGACUCAAGCAGGCUGCCGGUCAAGUGGACGGCCCCCGAGGCGCUCAAGCAAGGGAAGUUCACCAGCAAGUCGGAUGUGUGGAGUUUCGGGGUGCUGCUUUGGGAGGUCUUCUCCUACGGCCGAGCUCCGUACCCUAAGAUGUCUCUGAAGGAGGUGUCAGAAGCUGUGGAGAAGGGGUACCGCAUGGAGCCCCCCGAGGGCUGUCCGGGCACAGUGCAUGCACUCAUGGGCAGCUGCUGGGAGGCAGAGCCCGCACGCAGGCCGCCCUUUCGCAAACUGGCCGAGAAGCUGGCGCGGGAACUGCGGGCUGCGGGCACCCCGGCCCAGGCGCCUGGCGCUGGGCAGGACGCCGAUCCUGCCUCCUCCUCCAGUGCGCCCCGGAGCCAGGAGCCGUGACAGCCCCCUCCC